CCGAUUCAAAGUGCCGACUCCUUUACAAACGACACCUCGUUUAGUUGUCACUAAACCGGACACGAUUUUGAACCAGGUGGUGACACAACACUGACAGGUUUGAAUCCAGUUGUGUCAACCAUCAGCAAUGGCCUUCAGUAAAGGAUAUCGCGUUUAUCACAAGCUGGACCCACCACCUUACAGCGUGAUUGUAGAAACAAGAAGUCGUGAAGAAUGCUUGAUGUUUGAGUCUGGAGCUGUGGCUGUACUGUCGGCUGCAGAGAAGGAAUCUGUCAAGAACACCUACACCAAGAUGCUGGAUGCUUAUGGGAUUCUUGGAGUUCUUCGCCUUAAUCUCGGAGACUCCAUGCUGCACAGUCUGGUGUUAGUGACUGGGUGCAGUUCAGUGGGGAAAGUGCAGGAUUCAGAAGUGUUCAGGGUCACAGCCACAGAUUUCAUCUCCCUAAAGAACGAUCCUUCAGAUGAGGACAGGAUUGCAGAGGUGCGAAAGAUUUUAAACUCUGGAAACUUUUAUUUUGCCUGGUCAUCCACUGGAGUGAGUAUGGACCUGAGUCUAAAUGCACAUCGCAGGAUUCGAGAAGACACUUCAGACAAUCGCUUCUUCUGGAAUCAAUCCCUGCAUCUGCACCUAAAGCAUUAUGGAGUGAACUGUGAUGACUGGCUGUUGAGGCUGAUGUGUGGUGGAGUGGAGAUCCGCACCAUCUAUGCUGGCCACAAGCAGGCCAAAGCCUGUGUCAUCUCUCGCCUCAGCUCUGAGAGAGCAGGCACACGUUUCAAUGUGCGCGGCACCAACGAUGAUGGUCAGGUGGCCAACUUUGUGGAAACCGAGCAGGUGAUUUUCCUCGAUGAUACAGUCUCUUCUUUCAUUCAAAUCCGUGGAUCUGUACCCUUGUUCUGGGAGCAGCCAGGCAUACAGGUCGGUUCCCACCGUGUCAAGCUGUCCCGCGGGUUUGAGGCCAACGCCCCGGCUUUUGAGAGGCACUUUACAGCGCUGUGGCGGCUCUAUGGAAAGCAGAUGAUCAUUAACCUGCUGGGGAUGAAAGAGGGGGAGCACAUGCUCAGUAAAGCAUUCCAGAGUCACCUGAAAGCCUCGGAGCAUGCAAGCUCUGUGAAGAUGAUCAACUUUGACUACCACCAAAUGGUGAAAGGAGGAAAGACGGAGAAACUAUUGACUGUGCUGAAACCACAGAUAAGCAAGUUCCUGGAUGACUGUGGCUUCUUUUGUUACUCUGCAGAGUCUGGGAUUGAAAAAUGUCAGACUGGGACUCUUCGAGUCAACUGUUUGGACUGCCUGGACAGGACAAAUAGUGUCCAAGCCUUCUUUUCACUUGAGAUGUUGCCUAAGCAGCUGGAGGCCAUGGGUCUUACAGAGAAGCCCCAGCUGGUGGCACGUUUUCAGGAGGUCUUUCGCACCAUGUGGUCAGUCAACGGUGACUCGAUCAGCAAGAUCUACGCUGGCACAGGUGCUCUAGAUGGCAAAGCUAAGACUGGAAAGCUGAAAGACGGAGCUCGCUCAGUCACCAGGACCAUCCAGAACAACUUCUUCGACAGUUCCAAGCAAGAAGCUAUAGAUAUCCUGAGGCUGGGCAGCACUCUAAACAGUGACCUGGCUGAUAAAGCUAGAGCUCUCCUCACCACCAGCAGCCUUUAUGCAUCUCCCAGAGUGUUGCUGGGUAUGUGUCAGAACCACCACAAAUACACUCGGCCUAAAAAUAUCCGUGUGUGUGUCGGGACAUGGAACGUCAAUGGAGGCAAACAGUUCCGUAGCAUCGCGUUUCGGAAUCAGACCCUCAACGACUGGCUGCUAGACGCACCAAAAAAAGCAGGCCACCCCGAAUUUCAAGACAGUAGAUCCCCGCCUGCAGACAUCUUUGCCAUUGGCUUUGAGGAAAUGGUGGAGCUGAAUGCUGGCAACAUAGUCAGCGCAAGCACCACCAAUCAGAAGCUGUGGGCAGCAGAGUUGCAGAAGAGUAUCUCUCGGGAUCAUAAAUAUGUGCUCCUGGCCUCAGAGCAGCUGGUGGGAGUCUGCUUGUUCAUCUUCAUUCGGCCCCAGCAUGCUGCUUUUAUCAGAGAUGUUGCGGUAGAUACAGUCAAGACCGGCAUGGGUGGUGCCACUGGGAACAAAGGGGGUGUGGCUAUCCGAAUGCUCUUCCACACUACCAGUAUCUGCUUUGUUUGCUCGCAUUUUGCUGCCGGCCAAUCGCAGGUCAAGGAAAGAAAUGAUGACUACAAUGAGAUCACUCGCAGGCUGUCAUUCCCUAUGGGUCGUCUGCUCUACUCACAUGAUUAUGUGUUCUGGUGUGGGGACUUUAACUAUCGCAUCAACCUGCCAAAUGAGGAGGUAAAAGAGCUGAUCAGGCAGCAGAACUGGGAUUCUCUCAUCGCUGGGGACCAGCUUGUGGAACAGAAGAAUGCAGGCAAUGUAUUCAAGGGCUUUAUUGAAGGAAAGUUGGAUUUUGCACCUACCUACAAAUAUGAUCUUUUUUCUGAUGACUACGACACGAGUGAGAAAUGCCGUACACCUGCAUGGACCGAUCGGGUGCUCUGGAAGAGGAGAAAAUGGAACUUUCAUAAGAUUGCUGAGGAGUUGGGGCUGAAUGUAGUAGGAGCUCCAGUAGAAGAGGAAGAUCAGCACAUGUGGGUCCCUGGUGAACUAAAGUACUACAGCAGAGCUGAGCUCAAGACCUCAGACCACAGGCCCGUGGUGGCUCUCAUUGAUGUGGAUAUUCUUGAAGUGGACCCAGAAGCACGGCAUCAGGUGUACAAAGAUGUGAUCGCCCAACAAGGUCCACCUGAUGGCACUAUACUAGUGUCUCUGUGCAGUUCAGGCCCUGAUGAUUACUUUGAUGAUGCUCUGAUAGACGAGCUGCUGGACAAGUUUGCUAACUGUGGCGAGGUCAUUCUGAUCAGGUUUGUGGACGAAAAGAUGUGGGUGACAUUUUUGGAAGGAUACUCAGCCCUGGCUGCACUUCACUACAGUGCCUCCACUGUGAUGGGGAAAAUCAUAGACAUCCAGCUGAAGAGCCCUGGCUGGAUUAAGAGUCUGGAAGAGGAGAUGAGUGUAGAGAGGAUCUGUGGCAGCAUCCCCACGUCUGCAAGCUCCACACUGCUCGCAGAGGAUAAUGAAAUGGGAGACGAGUUUGACAUGGAGGGCGAUGUGGAUGAGGAGGUGGAGAAUAUUCUUCCUCAGCACCUGCAGCCUGGGGCUGGUAUGGAUGUUGGUAUUUCCCCAUUACCUUCACCACGCUCAAGCCCAUGCUCCUCACCGACUCACGGAGAACCCGCACCCCCCUGCAGGCCGAGCAGAGCUUUUCCGCGCACAGCCGGACCCCCACAAGUUAUUCCAAUGGAAAGUCAAAUGCUAGGAGCUUCUUCAUCACAAGGACUGGAACCGAAACGCCCUCCUCCCCCACGACCCAAUGCUCCGCCUGCCAGACCUGCACCUCCACAGCGCCCCCCACCUCCAUCAGGACAAAAAAGCCCUGCUUUACCCAGAGCAGAUGUUGCUGGAAGAGGCCAGUCUACAGGAGCUCCGGGUAGUUCAAGGCCGAAUAUCCCCCCAAGGGCAGGUGUUAUCAGUGUGCCUCCACAAUCCAGACCACCACCUCCUGCCCACCCUGGAGCUCCCAGGCCCAUAGCUGAGGUUCACCCAGGAGCCCCGAGACCCACCCCAGAUAACCACCCUGGAGCCCCAAGACCUGUCUCAAACACACAAAACAAACCAGAAGAGCUCCCUCUGGGACCUCCUCCCUCAUUGCCCGGCCCAAUGAGGCCUCAGAUGGUCUCUCCAGCGCAGCCUCCAGCCAUCUCCCCCAUUCGGCCACCAAUACAGUCCACGCUUCCUCCACCCAUGGUACCCACACUGCCCCCACCCAUGGUACCUACGCUUCCCCCACCUAUGGUGCCAACAGCGGCAGCACCUCUGCAGGCUCAACCAGCUGCUACAAGCACCAUUGCAGCCAUGCCACCUCAGUCUGGCCUGGCAUCACCCAAACCACCGCCCCGUAGCCGCUCUUCACAUGCCCUGCCACCAGAGGCUGCUACUGCUCCUUCUCCUGAGUCUCAGACAAAUGGAACAAAUGGAAUCCAAAGAGAAGCACAGUUGAAAAUUAGCCCCUUUGACCCGCUCAACUCCGAUCUGUUCUCCUCUACUCCCUUCUUAAACAACCAAUCCCUGCCAAGGAGUUCUUCACAUCACAGCUCCUUCCACUCAAGUUCGCGGUCUCUGAAUUCCACUCCAGUUCCUCUGUUUAUCCACCAUAACCAAAUGCUGACCCCUGACCCCAUGCAAGCAUUGCUGGCCCCGCCUCCUCCUUCCCGCAGCCGCUCACAGGAAACCCUCCCAGUCUCCUCGAACCCUUUUUUGUCUGAUGUCCAGUCUAAACCCAAGAACGCCAACCCAUUUACUGGCACAAUGACAUCACCACAGCAUCGCUCACUCACUCCUGACUUUGACAAGCCGGGCCUCCACAGCGCUGCAUCUGCCCUCUGCCAUACUUCAACUCUGCCGUCCUCCUUUUCCAGACCAGCUCCUCCGGCCUCUGCUCCACCUCCACCCAAAGUCCAGCAGUGGGUGACCUUUGAUGACGAUUCAGACUAUAUGAGGUCAAGAAAUCCUCCAGCAUCAACUGCAAUGAUUAAGCCUCCACUGCUUCCUUUGUCUACUACUACAUUCCAGCAGCCCCAAAGCAGCUUCUCCACUUCUGUGUUUGACUCUAACAGUAACUGGGCUUCCCUUACCACAUCUGCAUUGCCGGCACUGCCCCCUCCUCUGCCAGACAGGACUAACUCUAACACAACCCCAGGAAACCCCUUAAUCCCUGAGUUCAUGGAAAGAUAAUAUAUAUUGUAAUGUUCUGCUGAAGUUUAGGUGUGUGUGUGUGUGCGCGUGUGCGCGCGCAUGUGUGUGGGAUAGAAAUUAUAGAAAUUCCUUAUUCAUGUGUGUGAAUUGUACACAAGUGUGCUGUUCAAGUCAUGUCUCUCUGCAACGGCUUAAUCAACCACUCAACCUUUAGCAGGCCUAGAUUAAAUUUGACCAUUCUCACGCUUAUACACCUACACACACAACUGUGUGUGAAACUCUUGUGCAAUAUCUUAUUUUUCUUCACUCAGAUGCUUAUCAAAUAUAAUUGUUUUAUUCCUUUUUUUACCACUUUCUUGUGUCUGGUUGUGCAGCAUUUUAAAGUGAUUGCAAGCUGCAAAAACGUGUCUCUUGAAUGCACAGUAUGUCAUUUUGAUCACUGUAUAGAGAGAGCUAUUAGACCUUUUAAUAUAGCCUCUGAAAUUUUAGCUACAGCACAUAGUGACUCUAUAAGCCCUUGCUAUGGUUUCUCUCAUUAUGAAUGAAUGUCCGGACUUUUUUUAGGUUUAAUGUCUGUAUUUUUUCCCCAAAGUGAUGCAUAUCUUUUAUUACUGUGUAACACUGAUCAUUUCUCUACACAGGCCCACUUUUAUUUCCUCUCUAGAUCAACAUGCUCAAGUAUAGAAGUUGUGGAUGUAUGUAUUGUGUGGCCUCGGUGUGGUUUAAAAAAUGUACAAUAGUCUUAAAUUUGUGUGUAUAUAUAUAUAUAUAUAUAUAUAUUAUAUAUUUGCUUGUAAUAUGUACCUGCCAUACUGAUAUUGCACUGAAAUGCUCUUAUUCUUUAGGUCUUCAGAUGUACUUUGAAGCCAGAGUUUUGAGUUUUCAGGUUCGAGAAAGCAGAAAGCAUCUGUUUAGUGGCAUGAGUGCAGAGUCCCCUCCCCUCUGCCCUCAACCCGAGUGUGUGUUCUCUCACUUCUGUCUCAUAUAAUCCAAAGCGUUCAACAGAACUGCUGUGCAUUUAAUGAAUGUGCUUAUUUUAGAAAGUUCUGGUGUUAGUCUUUGAUGCCAAGAUCUGUGCCCUUGACCAUCCCAGAAAGCUAUGUGUACUUAAUCUCGCAUUUUUUCUGCUCGCAGUGAGUAGGAACUUCAAUUUCAAUUUCACUGGGAAUGUGGUUCUUUCUGUUCUUUGUUUUAGGAAAUAAUAUACCUUGUCUUGGCAGCCGCUCUCUCUCUCUCUUUGCAUAUAUGCACUGUGUAUGUCUGUGCUGAUAGGGGUGAUGUUUUUUUGUUGUUUUUUUUUUUAAAGAUUACCUAGCAGUUUGACUUUGUGUGAAUCCACUAAGAACAAAUCAAGCAGCGCCUUUAUGCAUGUUUAAACACGCACAGUAGGAAAAUCUGUCAAUUACAUGGAAUUAGUAUUUGCUUAUUGAUACCUAGUGUUGUCGGUUACCUUCACUGUGCAGAUCGUGUCAUCACCGGUUUGGAGGUCAUAUCACUUUCUGUGCAUUCCAUACUGUAUUAUAUGUAUUGUUUUGAUCUGGUGAUUUGCUCUUGAUAGUUUCUUGGCAUAUUUUACUUGUGCAGUGUUUUGUUACACCACAUUCAUUCUUUGUUGAAGUGUUGGUGUUGGUACUGCUCUCUUUUCAUUAUUCACAUUUCAGUCGUUCUUUAGUUACACGGCUGAAUAACCGAAUACUAGUAAUUCUUAACCUGUGACGUUCAAAUCAAGAGGGCAUUCUGUGGAGAAGAAAUGGUGUCAAUCGGACAGGAGACAAGCAAGCAACUUCAUUUUGACAGAUUCAGUUUUGUCUGAAAUGUUGUGACAUGUCAUUUCCUUUCAGUAUGAUCCUGUUCAUGUUGUCUGUUGCAUAUGGAGGGCUUUCUUACUGACUGGACAUAAAGUCAUGCAGGUACACCAGAUGGGCUACAGAAACUGUAUCUAUAAAGCAGAUGUUGUUUGCACACUGUACACUCUACACUUUUUUGUAAAGAAUGUAGACAUUGCAAAACUUGAAUAUUAUCAUUGAAGCAACCUAAGAAAAAGGAGAUUCCCAUUAUUAAAUCAGUUCUAAAUCAAACCCCCUCUAAAAUAUGACUGAAUGGACAUUUUUUCUUUGUUUUAUUUCAACUGUUGGAAAUAUUGUAACCACUGGAAAAUUCUAGCAUUACAUGUACUGUUCAGUUGUAUACCAGCUAAUAAUCAAAUCAAAUUAAAUCAAGUCAUGCAAAUAUGUAACUAAUAACUCAUUUUGUGAUGGUGACGUUUAAAAGUUUCGCUCAGUAGUAGAGAUCCUUGUGUUGUUAACCGUAACUAUACAGUAAGUAUACACACAAAUCAUGACUACACUUUAGUCAUUUGUAUUCAACCUGUGAUUUAAGUUCAUAUCAAAUUGCACAAAUCUAUGGAGUAAUUGAUGUUGUACGUAUGCAAUAAUAAAUGUAAAUGUAUUAAUGUAAA